AAGAGUUCCAACCGUAGAGAGUUCCAAAAAUGUCGUCUGUAAGCAGGUACGAAUGUUUUGGUGAUGAAGAUAUUGAAGAACUUCUAGAAUCUAGAGACAGUAAAAAUACUCAAAGGGUUGUUAAAACCGCCCUGAAGCUUUUACGGGACUACCUUUUAGAACGCCAUGGAAUUAGCGUCGAGGAUAUGGAAAAAUUAUCAAGUGUGGAGAUGUCCGAAAAACUGAGGAAAUUUUAUGCCGAACUGAGAAAACCCGACGGAAGUUACUAUGCAAAGAAAACUUUAAUAACCAUGAGAUUUGGACUUCAGAAACACUUCCUAAAGAAGACUUCAGUGGAUAUCAUUAAUUCCGAUGAAUUCAAGACAUGUAACGAAGUUUUUAGGGCCAUGUUGGUAAAGAUAAAGCGAGAGGGAGCAUCCGAGGUAAAACAUAAACAAACAAUUUCCACGGAAGAUCUGAACAAACUUUAUGAAAGCGAAACGUUUUCUCUGAAUACAGCUAUGGGGCUGUUAAAUAGAACAUUCUUUGAGAUUGUAUACUAUUUUUGCAACCGUGGACAGGAGAACUUGCGAAGCUUUCAGAAGGGGGAUUUUUCAGUGAGAACAGAUCCUGAGGGAAAAAGACAUGUGUGUAAGGUGAAGCAUAGGGAGGAGAAGAAUCAUAGAGGGGACGAUCUUACUGAUGACCAGACAAAUCAGGCCCGGAUGUAUGAAAUGCCAGGAAAUCCUCGUUGCCCUGUGAAUAGUUUCAUGAAGUAUAUUGUGAAGUUGAAUCCUGAUAACCCAAAUCUAUGGCAGCGCCCUAAACCAUCGGUAUCAGAAACACAGUCAGUUUGGUUUGACAAUGUUCCUCUGGGGAAAAAUACACUUGCAGCGAUGAUGUCUACUAUCAGUAAGAGUGCUGAACUGUCUACAGUAUAUACCAAUCACUGAAUUCGUGCGACAUGUAUAACAAAUCUUGACAGGCAGGGAAUUGAUGCUAGACAUAUAGUUGGAAUAUCUGGUCACAAAAACAUAUCUAGUAUUAUGUCUUACUCCACGAGGUUGAGUGACCAGAAACAAUUUGAAAUUUCAAAAAUACUUUGUGAUAGUUCUAAAAAUUCUAAUGCAGCAGCUUGCAGUGAAUCCAGUGUACAAGAGACUGGACUUGGUCAGAUUGAUUUCUUAAAUGAUUUUGAUGUUGACACAUUUUUCGCAGGUUUAGAAAACUUUGAACUUCACAAUGUUAAAAAUGCACAAAACACUCUGCCAGCUUCAGAAUGUGGGGUCAGCAUUCAUAAUUCUACUGUAAAUAUUAACAUUUACACAAAUAAACAGUAAACUCUAAAAUUAGAAGAAAAAAUGGUGUUGAUGUAACUGUCCUUGA